AUGAGUCGAGAAUUCGAUCGUAGAGAACAGGAUCGCAGAGAACAGGAACAUCCUCGUUUGCCUUGGUCUUCCAUCCAGAAUGGCAACCCUCUAGGCAUAUCCACAGAUCUCGACUUCUCCAAAACUUCCUCUAACCAAGUCACCCAGUCUCGCAACUUUGCCUCUGCACCGUCCUCGGCUAUCAAUCGCUUUCCUGACCACUCUAUCCCUCCAACUCGUGCCUCAACUUUUGGCACACCAGAUCCAGAUCGCAACCUUUCUCCACCCAGUCCACUUCCCCAUUCUCGCAGUGAAGACCUUAACCAUAGCUCUGCUUCAUCCUCAUUCUUCCCACCCAUUUCAACAUCUACUCCGAGGCCAUCACCUGCCUUCCUUUCCUCGGUAAACACCCCUCCUACAGGAAGUCGUCCUUCUACCCCAGCAACAUCCAGCAAAUCAAAUCAGCCUUUUGCUUCUGACCGCUCUGAUGACUCAAAUCAUCAUUCUUCUCUCUAUUCAGCCCCUUCCGAGUCGUCCACUCAAUCCACCACACCUAAAGCUCCGACAACCGUUUCAUCCACAUCCACCAGCCUCGUUUCUACAACAUGUUCAGCAUGCGGCAAGCCGAUGCAAGGCCCGUUUGUGCGUGCACUUGGCACCGUCUUUCAUCUUAACUGCUUCAAGUGCAUGGAUUGCGGAGACGUUGUCGCGUCCAAAUUCUUCCCUCUAGAAGGACCGAACGGCAAACAAAAUCCACUCUGUGAACGUGACUAUUUUCGUCGAUUAAAUUUAAUAUGUGCCAAAUGCGGGAUGGCUUUGCGGGGCAGCUACAUUACGGCAUGCAACAAGAAGUUUCAUGUUGAACAUUUUACAUGUUCUCUAUGCCCUACAUUAUUCGGACCGCAGGACUCGUAUUACGAACACGAUGGGGAUGUGUUUUGUCAUUUCCACUACUCGACGCGUUUUGCUACAAAGUGCGCUGGAUGUAGCAGCGCGAUUCUCAAACAGUUUGUGGAAAUUAAUCGCAACUCGAGAGACGAAUGCUGGCAUCCAGAAUGUUACAUGAUCAACAAGUUUUGGAAUGUCAAAGUGGUAUCUCGGAGACCGACGAGUUCCGCCUCCGUCGAAGGAGGGGAACCGGAGGAACCCGCAUAUGUAGAGGAAGAGCAGCGAGAGACGCCACAAACCCUUAAGGACAAACAAGUCCGGAUGGAACAGCAAGUUUACCGAAUCUGGACUGUUCUCUCUGCAUUCGAAGAAUCGAGCGCUGCUUGUAUCUCCGAUAUGUUGCGCCAGGUUAGCAACGGACAGUACCUGGACGCAAUCCGAAUGGCAGAAAAAUUUAUUCUGCAUGUCGAAGUUUUAUUUGCGACCAUCGACGACCUCGAAUUCCAUUUUGCCCUCUUGAGUAUGAAAGGGAUGUCACAUGUUCGUGAAGCCCGAAUGUUGUGUCGAAAAACCGUGGAGUUGUUUACUUUGCUGUCGCAUACCCAAGAAACCGGUGCACGGAGAAUGGGUAUGACGCAGGAGCUGCUUGCACUUGUUACCGGUCUUGCCCAUUACUUAAAGAUCUUGAUCCGAAUCGCUCUCACAGGCGCUCUUAAACUUGAAAGGGAGCACAGCGCUCGGGAAGCCAUGUCAUCGUUCCUCGACAAAUUGCACCUACUCGCCGUUCAAGGGGGCAAUCCCUCUGCCAAAAGGCUGAUCAAAAGUUCUAAUGGAGAAAUCUUAGCUCCAGCAGCAGGCGCUAACUUUGGGACUCAAAGCGUCACCUAUGGCUUUCGGAGUCUUGCACCAGAAAACGCUGGCGAGUCCCCCUUUUCUGCGGCCCCACCGUCCAAUAAGACCUCGACGAGUCCGCCUUCGGAUCUGUGUGUCAAGUGCAGCCUGACGGUGGAGGAGGAUUGUGUUCGGUUGGGAACUUACCAACGAUGGCAUUCCAAUUGUGUGCAGUGCGCACAAUGUGGGAAGGUAGCGACCGUCCCUCUUCCAAAGGAGCUGAUGCAGCUGUCGUCGAAAAGUGGUGACGAGAAGGAGGGCAAGGACAAGGAUCAGCCCCCCAAGCUUUCUAGUGCACGGAGGCCCCCUGCCAAUGUUGGUUUGUUUGUGUACGAUCCAGAACAUUUGAAGGAGACGACUUCCUUUGGUGAUGUUCCGACUGUCAUUCUGUGUACCGAUCACGCACACCCUGGUUGCCGAAGCGGGUUCCAAGCAGUUCAACGGCUGGAGCAAUACGCCUUUCUAUUGAAUGUUGCCCUAAGACGCCUCUACUUGCUUUUGAAGAAGCAAGGCGUAGUUCCCUUGUCACCAGGUGAAACUACUAGCGUCAGUAGCCCUCAAACGCUCACAAACUCGGAUCCAUAUCGCAAUUCCGGGGACAUCAUGCGGAUGAAAUCCGUUCACCUGGACCGGAAGUUGUCCGCCACAGCGCGCCUGCCGAAGCGCUCAACCAUUGUGGAAAGUCCUGCAGGUCGAAGUGCACAUCCUUCCGACGGUCUUCAACCGCAACGGCCGCACGAGGUGGGCACACCCGCGCCCCAUCAGUCAAGCUCUUCUAUUCCUCAAAGCCAACAUGCCCAACAAGGUCAGAUGUCGUAUCAGGGACAAGGGAAUCAGUCUUCGAGGCAGUCGCCGCCCACCCAACCACCUAGGUCUUACUACUCAAAUGGGCCUCCUGAGCCUUCGGAUCAGGUAAUCAGGCCGUCCUUGUCUCGUGGUCAUACCGAGGUCAGAAUUGUGGAUGAGAGUGCGCCAAACUCACCAGCUGGAGAAGAGCAACACCAACAACGAGGAAACAGAUUAGAUGACGGAAUUACACUUGCAGAUAUUCCUCAGCUGAUGGAAGUUGCUCAAGCUCGAGAACAACAGCGGUCGCUGCCCAGAGAGAAUUCGAUCCCGUACAUCGCGGAGCUGUCUGCUCUGGAAUUAGCCAUCGUCAAGCAUUCCGCUGUGCUGGCAUUGACUCGAUCCCCGCUCAAAGACCAAUUUGACCUGGAAGAGCUUUUAGAGAUGGUUGAGGUGAAGAAGAGUGGGUUCUGGAACAAGCUGUUCAAGGGUGAUAAGAAGAGCGUAAAGAAAAAAGGUGUGUUUGGCGUCCCUCUGGAGCUUCUAGUGGAGAGAGAAGGUGCCGAUUCGCUGCUUGGAGCAACCCGAGCGACAUUGCGGGUUCCAAGUUUCAUUGAUGAUGUCAUCUCGGCCAUGCGGCAGAUGGAUAUGUCUAUCGAAGGCAUCUUUAGGAAGAACGGCAAUAUUCGGCGAUUAAGAGACUUGACCGAUGCCAUUGAUCGGGAUCCUGCGUCUGUAGACCUAUCGCAGGAUAAUCCUGUGCAGUUGGCAGCAUUGCUGAAGAAGUUCCUCCGUGAUCUUCCUGAUCCCUUGAUGACCUUUAAACUACAUCGGCUGUUCAUCGCAUCACAAUCUCUUCCACAAGACGAAGAUCGAAAACGAUAUCUCCAUCUUAUUUCACUUAUCAUGCCCAAAAGCCAUCGAGACACUAUGGAGGUUUUAUUCGUUUUUCUCAAAUGGGUUGCCUCUUUUGCCCAUUUGGAUGCAGAGACAGGGAGCAAGAUGGAUCUUGGAAACCUGGCGACUGUGAUAUGUCCUAGCAUUCUCUACGCACGAGGUCGAGACGCCAUGCGGGACGAGACAUUUGGAGCGCUUCGAGUGAUGACUUCUCUUCUCGAGAACCAAGAUGAAUUUUUUACAGUACCCGAAGAAUUCCUUCCCAUUCUCCAUGAUCAAGAGUAUUUUGCAAGCUCAUUGGAACUUCCCAGCAAAGAGUUUAUGAAAAAAUGUGAUACAUACAUGCGGAUCAAGGGCUCAAACGGCCGAUCGACACCAGGUGCCUUCAAUAGCUCAAGCAAUAGCAAUGGAACAGCACCACGAUAUCCUCCUCCAAGUUCUUCGGUGAUGGAGCGACCGCCGUUGGCUGGGCCUUCUGGAUCUGAACGGACACUGCGACCUUCUCCUGGUAUGUCGCAAAGCACCGAAUUCCACCCACCAUCUAGCUCGCCGUCUCUGCCGCAGGGCGUGAUGCAGAAUCUGCAACAAAGGUCGCAGAUGGAUUGGUCAGGGCCUCCCCCACCUCGACCGGUGAAUCCUAACGGUCCUUCCUCGCGCCCAUCGUCAUUCGUUGGACCUCCACCACCACGGUCAACCGCUUUAGACAGCGUGAAUCAGAGUCAACAUUCGUACAACAGCACACCUCCGAACGGUUACUCGUCAGCUGUUCGCCAGCGAUCAUGA